AUGAGCCCCGGCCCCUGUCCCAAGGCCCGUUUGAGGGGGCUGUCACAUCCGUUGCCCUCGCAUUUGAACCUGGGCUUUCCUGGCUCGGCUCGACCACCGAAGAGACAAGCUCCGAAGCAUCUCGCCAAAUUGGGAAUAGCGCACGGCGACUUUCCCUCUCCCUUGUCUGAAUCAGCCCUCAGGUUUGAUUUGUGGCUUGUGGCUGGUCAAGAGAGCACAAUAAACCCGGACAAGGUUUUGAAGAGGCUUUUCGCCCUCCUUUGCCUCAUCGGGAUUACUUGUGUUCCCUCCUCUCUUCGAGCUGACUUUACCACCCUCCUGAUCGACCUGGCCUGGACGCAGCUUUUACAUUCUCGCCACCUUGACGGCGAAGCGAUAGACGUGUUUGGGCUACUUCAGCUCGCCAUCAGCUCUCAAUUCUCUGUCUUCAUCCGAGCAGACUGGUCUGACAAAAACGACGUCGCCGCUGGGAAGACCGACGAUCCCAAGUCGCAAACUCAGUCAGUACUCAUCGAGACGACGUGGAUGGAGUCCAUAUACUGCAUGGGAAUCCCACCUUGA